AGACAACAAAAUAAAGAUUGCAAUAUUAACUUUUUGUAAUUAGAACCCAUUUUUUGAGGCCGGAAAUCACUCUUGAUUAAUAACCGACAAGAAAUUCUUCACCCUGACUUAAUGCUUUCCAUGUUUGCUUCCUCUCACAAUCUCCCUUUCGUGCCAAAAUUCUCCACAACCAAAUUCCAGAAUCUUUAAUUCCUUAAUCUUCACUUCCGUCUUUUAUCUCAUUCACUCUCUGGUCUUUUAAACAAAACCAAUCUCAAAUCUAAAGCAUAGUCUUAAGUCUCCAAGAGUCUAAUACUAUGCAAUUUUCAUCAACUAGUGACACCAAGAACAUUUAAUCACCAUCAAAGUUUUUUUUUUUUUUAUGUUUGUGGAUAAAAAAUGGGGACUGCAACAUCAUCCAUGGCAGCCAAGUUUGCAUUUUUCCCGCCGAACCCGCCUUCCUACAACAUAACUGUGGAUGAAGCAAGUGGGAAAAUGAGGUUCUCAGAUGUUAAUUACCAGAGAGAUAACGUGGAUGUAUUGAAGCUGAGUACCAAGAGAGGGAACGAGAUUGUGGCUAUGUAUGUGAAGAACCCAUCUGCUUCACUCACAGUGCUAUAUUCUCAUGGAAACGCUGCUGAUAUUGGUCAGAUGUAUCAUAUUUUCACUGAGCUCAGUGUCCACCUUAAUGUUAAUCUUAUGGGAUAUGAUUACUCAGGAUAUGGACAGUCCAGUGGAAAGCCAAGUGAGCAAGACACAUACGCAGACAUAGAGGCAGCUUACAAAUGCUUGGAAGAGAUGUAUGGAAUAAAACAGCAAGACACAAUAUUGUAUGGGCAAUCAGUUGGGAGUGGACCUGCUUUAGAACUAGCCAUUCGGUUGCCUCACUUGAGGGCUGUAAUUCUCCACAGUCCAAUCUUGUCUGGCCUUCGUGUCAUGUAUCCAGUCAAGCGUACAUUAUGGUUUGACAUUUAUAAGAACAUUGAUAAAAUUCCUCUAGUUGACUGCCCUGUUUUGGUAAUUCAUGGAACUGAAGAUGAAGUGGUGAACUUUUCUCAUGGGAAGCAACUUUGGGAACUAUGCAAAGAGAAGUAUGAACCUUUGUGGCUCAAAGGGGGAAACCAUUGUGAUUUGGAACUCUACCCUGAGUACCUAAGGCACCUUAGGAAGUUCAUAUCGGCCAUUGAGAAACUUCAACGUCCCCACGAUGCACUGGACCUGAUACCUAAGGAUCAGACCGAGCAAGCUUCGAACAAUGCUACCGAGCAAAGCAAGGAGAAAUCCAGGCCAAGCAUUGACUAUAGAGAAAAGGGUAGGCCAAGUUUUGGGCAUAGAGAAAAAUCCAGGCUAAGCACAGACAGUAGAGACAAAGCAAGAGCCAGCAUUGACAAAAGAGAGAAAUCAAGAAAGAGCAUUGAUCGCAGUUUCAAAGCUAGGAACAGCACUGAUCAUUCAGAGAGAGCAAGAAACAGUUUUGAUCGGCUGGGAGAUAUGGUACGAUCUGUUGGAUUGUGCAAUGUUGAUUGUUUGAAGCAGACAGCAGCUGAGGUUUGAGUUACAAGGAAUAAAUCGUCAGUACCAUUUCUCAUACAUGUGCAUGAACAUCCUCCUUAGACUGGGUUCUCCUGUGGUUAAUUAAGUUCUUUUUUCGGAUUUAAUUCAAAAUAAGAAGAAUGUAAUUGAAGAUGGUAGUUUUUAUGCAUUAUGAAGUUUUUAAUCACCAAGUGAGCGUCGAGAUUUUUCUUAAUUUGCUACUUUGUCUUCAGACAAAUUGCUUAAUUUGUACAGUGUUGUGUGAUUCUGUCAUAAUUUAUUACAUUGGUAAUGACGUCAUCAAAUUCCGAUGAUGUGAAAUGCAAGUGUUCGACAUUUUCAUUUCAUCCAAUAUUGUGGUUUUCUUCUUUUGAUGUUAAAAGGAAGGUCAAAUUUUAUAGAA